AUGGCGGGCGGCGCCGCCGUUCCCGAUCGCGGCCCCGCGCCGCCGGGUGCCCCCCGGCCCUCCUCCUCCUCCUCCGCCCCUCCGCAUCCGCGGGGCUGGGCCGAGCCCCUCCCGCCCGGCCCCCCGCCCCGGGCCAGCCGGCCUUUCGCCGGGGCAGGGAGCCAGCCGUCGAGGAAGGGCAGCUCAGUUGGGCUGGGGACAGCGGACUGGGGACAGCGGACUGGGGAGAUCCUGUCCGGCUGUAGUCAGGGAGCCCCGAGCGGGGGACCAGGGGCUCCAGCCGCCCGGGCCGCAGGUACCAGUGUCCCUCAAGAACACUUUGCCCUCACUAUUUGCAGUGCCAGAAUGAAAACACACCAUGGUCUGUCUGGCCCAGCAAACCCUGCCAAGCCUUGUAGAAGUCCUAUCCUCCUGUAUAGGCUCCUUUGUGCCUUGCCACAGAGAACAUGAAAACGUGCUUUGUUCCAGCCUGGGGCUGACCCUGCCAUGUGACAUCAGGGAUUGAGCUGGAGCUUCAGCCACAGACUGGGGUGGCCACCAUCACCCACAACUGUGGUAUUCUUUCAGACAUAACCAAAACCACCACAUUUCAUGUGUGAGUAAUUAGGAACAGGGAACUUGUGCUUCUCCCUCUCUGCAGUGCUCAUGACAAAUAGCGAGUGGGAGUAUUUUAAUUUGAUUCUUCAAACGAUAAAAAUUCAAUUUUGUGUCGUGCCCUAUCCUUAUGGUUGGUAAACCACCUCUACAGCCCUGGAGUGUCCAUGUUUGUGCAUGGUUGGAAGUCUUCUCAAAAAACAAAAUUUCAGAAUUUGACCCCAGUGGGACUCACUUGUUCACCCAUUUUCUUAAAACACUGCAGUGGUUGAAUGCCUGGUAGAUAGAGCUGA